AUGGCAAGAUAUGCUGGCUUUCAAUCAAAAUGGCCCUUGGUUGGUUGGGGGGAUUUUAAUACUAUACUAAAUAGUGAAGAGAAGCUGGGAGGUGCUCAAGUAACUGAAGCAGAUACAACUGAUUUCCAGAAUUUCAUCAAUCUUAGUCACUUGGCUCAUCUUAAGGCAACAGGCUGUUUCUAUAGUUGGAGUAACAAACAGGAAGCUGAAACAAGAAUAUGGUCCAUACUGGACAGAAUUUUGGUGAAUGAAGACUGGAUACAAAAAUACACUUCUAGCCAGGUUGAUUUCCUAAUGCCUAGCUGUUCUGAUCACUCUCCUGCUCUAAUAACAAUAUGUGAGGAUAAAUUUGAAGGUAAAAGGCCAUUUAGAUUUUUCAAUAUGUGGACUAAACACCCUGACUUCAUUCCAGCUGUUAAAUCUGUUUGGGAACAAAAUAUUAGGGGAUACUGCAUGUACAGAUUUCAUAAGAAGCUUAAAGAUCUGAAGCCUAUCUUGAAAGAACUAAAUAGAAAGCACUUUAUGAAUAUCAGUGAGCAGGUAAAGAGAGCUAAGGAUGAACUAGCUGAUAUCCAGAAACAGAUAAGUGAUGAUCUCCUCAAUCAAAGGCUGAUCCUGAAGGAGAAGGAGUGUAUCUCAAAAUAUACCAGAUUGCUUAACUGUGAGAAUCAAAGGCUGAUCCUGAAGGAGAAGGAGUGGUUUUGUCAAUAUACACAGAGGGGGGUCUUAGAAUCACUGACACUUCUGAUAUUUCUGAAGAAUUUAUUGCUUACUACAAGAAGCUACUGGGUACUUCUACAAAUGUCUCAGAACCUUAUUGCUUACUACAAGAAGCUACUGGGUACUUCUACAAAUGUCUCAGAACCUGACAUGAAUGUAAUUGCUAAUGGUCCAGUUCUCACUGGGUACUUCUACAAAUGUCUCAGAACCUGA